AUGACGGAGCGUGUCGGAAGUGAUCAUGUCGCUGUGCCCGAGGUAAAGAGGAAGCCGCACUACGUGCCGUGGCUCGAGUACGGAAAGGUCACACAAGGUUUGUGUUGGCGGCAAGGAGGAGGAGGAGGAGGAGGGGGCAAGAAGGAGGAGGAGGAGGAGGAGGGGACAAGGAGGAGGAGGAGGGGACAAGGAGGAGGAGGAGGGGGCAAGAAGGAGGAAGAGGGGGCAAGAAGGAGGAGGAGGAGGGGGCAAGGAGGAGGAGGAGGGGGCAAGGAGGAGGAGGAGGGGGCAAGGAGGAGGAGGAGGGGGCAAGGAGGAGGAGGAGGAGGGGGCAAGGAGGAGGAGGAGGAGGGGGCAAGGAGGAGGAGGGGGCAAGGAAGACAGUGA